AUGCCCCAUUUCUACACCUACCAAACCCCCAAUCCCUCCGCUGUCAAUACUCAAGGGUCGACUGGCUACUGGGAGAACCCGGCAGAUUGGCCUCGAACCUAUCUCUACGUCUCUAACCAAGGAGGUUUACAGGGAAUUCAUCCACCAGCGCCAGUCUAUCAGUCAAAUCAACCCUCUCAGCCAGCAAUGUACUACUUCCAAGGUAGUUCGAGUGCCCCAGCCGGCUACUACGUGAAUGGCCUCUACUACGGAAUGAGCCCUCCUUCUGCCUCAACUGGUUGGCCCUACACCUCCUCUGCAUACACUUGCUACACCUUGCCUGCCACUUCUACACCAACCACCCCGUUCUAUCCGUACAACUACUCACCAUACUAUACAGCCCCAAGUCCCCUUCAAUUCCCCAUGACUUCGCCAUGGUCUCAACCGCCAGGUCCGGCACAAGCCGCUGCAGCAGUCGCCGCCAACGCCGCUCUUGCAGCGAUGCCAAAUGCGCCGGCAUAUUUCGUUGGAGCGACAGCGGCAGAAAUCCAAGCACAGAACGCCAUUUUGCUCGCGAACCUUCAAGCCGCGCAGCAGCAACCCUCUCAAUUGGCACCGUAUAAACCUGGUGCAAGUCCGCAAUUCUGGUGCAAGGAACUUGACGGAAGCUGGACUUUGAGGGAAUACAACGACGCCUUGAAGGGUGACUUUCCGGCCGGCCAUUGGGAAAAGCACGCGACCAGCGGUUACUUCUACUAUGUUCGUCACACUGGUUAAACAGCUUGGACGACUUGAGACAAGAUCAGAACCCAAUACCAGGACAGUAGGAGACAGUAUGCAUCAGCAGGAUGUCAAACAGAGAGCUUCGCCAGCACCAUUGGAAGACAGCCAAGUGGGAACGGCUGUGAUCGACGUGAGAGGCGGGG